AUAUACCAGUGUCCUGAGAAGCAUACAAUUGAUCGCUUCAAAUAGCUCGAACCCAACCUGAUUGAAUAAAGCCACAGUCAGCUAUCCGGGCAGUGCUUCCGUGCUUUUUUCCAAGUACACCGAGUCUUCACCGGAGCAGUGGGCGUGCAGAGCCUGCCAUCAGGUCAUGGAUAUAGCGGUUGCUCGAAAUCUCACGGGCCUCUGACAACAAUGAACAAAACGUCAUCAUGGAAACAGGCUAAUAUUAGCUGUAUUGGGUUUGAAAAUGCUAGUUUAUCAAUCGCAAGUUUCUCUGAUGCUCUCCUUCGGGCUGAGAUAGCGCGACGAGCUCCAAACAGCAAUACUGCAAGCUGUGGCUCAAAGGAACGAGGUGCUUAUAACACACCGAUACACGUUCUAGCUCUUUUCCUUAUCCUUGUGCUAAGCACACUUGCGUGUUCGUUUCCUGUACUUGCCCGUCGAUUUCCUCGCCUACCAAUACCGCGUCGAUUCCUCUUUUUAUCGAGGCACUUCGGAACUGGCGUGCUUAUUGCUACUGCCUUUGUCCACCUGCUCCCCACGGCAUUUGUUUCCCUGACCGAUCCCUGUCUUCCUCGCUUUUGGAGCGAAACAUAUCGUGCCAUGGCUGGAUUUGUUGCCAUGAUCGCGGUCUUUGUUGUUGUGCUUGUGGAAAUGUUCUUUGCUUUAAAGGGAGCCGGUCAUGUUCACGGAAGUGAACAUGACCAGCUGAUGAAUGAUGUCGGCGUGGACUUGUCAAGUAUGGGUCUCCAGGCUGACUUAGACGCCGAACAAGAUCGUGCAAGUAAUGCCCAUCCUGAUCCUUAUAUCUCGAAUGAUGAGUCUACUCUGUCUAUAUCUAGAGAGUUGGCUGCACCAAUUGAUGGUAUCGACCUCGGAAGGUCACACAAACACAUUACUUCUCCUUUGCAUAGGCAGAGUGAUCGAGUUCAUCGGCGUUCGUCUUCCGGCGAUCAACACACUCACACCAGCCUGCGCCUAAGGUCGAGCAUUGAGCUAUCUAGACAUAAUCCACAGCGACAACUACUUCAGUGCCUACUGCUAGAGGCCGGGAUUCUCUUCCAUAGCAUCUUUAUCGGAAUGGCCCUCAGUGUUGCCACAGGGACGUCGUUCAUUGUCCUUCUGGUCGCAAUCUGUUUUCAUCAGACGUUCGAGGGUUUUGCUCUGGGUUCAAGGAUUGCGUCGCUAAUUCCAGACCUUUUUGCCCCAGCCUCCAUGAAGCCUUGGCUGAUGUCUCUCGCUUACGGAACCACCACGCCUAUUGGUCAAGCCAUCGGCCUCAUACUACAUAAUUUCUACGACCCAGGGAGCACCACAGGGCUACUUAUGGUUGGCAUCACAAAUGCCAUCAGCAGUGGUCUUUUAUUGUUCGCGGGGCUUGUCGAACUUCUGGCCGAAGACUUUUUAAGUGAAACAAGUUACGCAACACUCAGAGGCAGCAGACGCGCUGAAGCCUGUAUCGCAGUCAUGGCUGGGGCUUUGUUGAUGGCAUUCGUUGGGGCUUUCGCUUGA